AUGCAAAUCACCGCCCAGUCUAUCCUGUUUGCCCUUGGCUUCCUCGGCUUCAUUCUUGCUGAUAGCAUGAUUCCGGAUGAUAUGAAUGUCGAUGACUCUGAUACCACUCCAGUUGCCAGCAGUCUCACGUCCACUACCCCCAAGCACAGUCAAUGUUACAACUACUUCUUAAACAAAGACCACUGUGUCUACAGCGCCAAGAAGAAAUCCGAGCGAUGUCCCUCCAGCUCCAAGGAUGAAUGCGGACGACCUAUUCCCACCGAUCAGCCAAUCAUUUUCAAGGCACACUCUUCUCACUCAUCCCAAAAUACUCUUGCGAUGAAUGUUUCUCCCGAAGGUAUCACCGCGUUUGCUUCGCAGACUACCACUGACGAAUCGUCCGCUGAACUCUCCACACCACCCUCGAAGCGCUUGGUCCGUCGUUACGACUCUGAAGAUGAUUCGUUCACUAUCGCGGGUGGCAAUGGAAUUUGUGGUGUGUACGACGAAAACCAACCCGGUGUGUGUAUCUGGGCCUCCGGGAAUGACGUUUCAGGCUCUCGCAGUGGUGGAUGGUUGAACUCGACCUACACCAAGGCGUGUGGUCGUCAAGUUUACAUCAUGCGGAAAGGCAAAACCAACCCGGAAGACGUCGUUUACGCUCCGAUUGUUGAUGGUUGCAGUUUUAAUGCUGAGGAGCCAGAACCCGGAUGCUUCCGUAUUGCGUUCACUAACGCUACCUUCAAUGCGUUGAACCCAACUGACGCUGAAGCGAAAUCUCUGGUCAUGAAAGACUUGAUCUGGAACUUUGACAACGAACAAGGUACCAACCCCAAGAAUGCUGCUACCUAA